UGUGUGUGUGUGUGUAUGUGUAGCGGGCGGGUGACAGCUGGGCUCGCAGCGCUCCGCUCCAGUCUGGUAAGAAGCUUCAUCUCCAAAUAGGAUGACCGUCGGCUUUUGUGGAAGGGACUGCGCUCAGCUCCGUCGCUAGUACUGGGACGCCCGGUUGGUUCGGUCCGUUCAGUUUACCCGAGAGGAGUUUAAGGGGCAAAAAAAAACAAAAAAAAAAAAAACCAAAAACGUCGUUUUCUCCCCUUGUCUCUCGCUCUUUCCCCAGUGUGGAUUUCCGAUGGAUAUUCCGAUCUGAAGAGGUGUGAUUUGAGCGCGGCAUGUAACAAAAAGAAGCGCAUGAGAAAAGUAGCGCUCGUGUUGUUAUUUUGUAAACGGGCACCAUCUGAACUGCUUUCAGAGACGUAUCUCAUGGAUUACUAAAAGGCACAACUGCAUAACCAUUCCGAGGCAUAGCCAUUCAUGAGCUGAAGAUGGCUUAUCUUUGCAGAAGAAAAAUGAAAAAUGAAAUAUGAAGUCUUCUGGGCUGCUGCGCUGAAUUGGUUCCUUCACAAACUGACGAACUGCAGUGAUUACCAAUUAACAUCCUGCGCCGAGAAAGAAACAAAGAUAGUCAGCGAUUACACACACGGCUGAGGCAAAUCUGUAGCAGAGGACCAGCAGCAGCGGCGGCGGCAGCGUUGGUGCGACCAUGAGGUCAGAGGCCUUGUUACUCUACUUCACGCUACUGCAAAUAGCCGGGGCGGGCUUCCCCGAGGACUCCGAGCCGAUUAGCAUCUCACACGGCAACUACACGAAGCAGUAUCCAGCGUUUGUCGGCCACAAACCUGGAAGGAACAACACGCAGCGGCAUAAACUGGACAUCCAGCUCAUCAUGAUCAUGAACAAGACGUUAUACAUCGCUGCCAGAGAUCACAUAUACACGGUGGACACCGACACUGCCAACGGUGACGAGAUCUUUUUCAGCAAGAAAAUGACGUGGAAGUCCAGACAGGGAGACGUGGACACCUGCAGAAUGAAAGGGAAGCAUAAGGAUGAGUGUCACAAUUUCAUCAAAGUCCUCCUGCAGCAAAAUGACGACACCUUGUUUGUGUGCGGAACAAACGCCUUCAACCCCUCCUGUCGAACCUACAAGAUGGACACCCUGGACGCUCUGGGGGAGGAGAUCAGUGGGAUGGCACGCUGUCCGUACGAUGCCAAACACGCCAACGUCGCCCUCUUUGCUGAUGGCAAGCUGUACUCGGCCACCGUAACAGACUUUCUAGCGAUCGAUGCGGUCAUCUAUCGUAGCCUUGGAGACAGCCCGACUCUGCGCACUGUCAAACACGACUCCAAAUGGCUGAAAGAGCCUUACUUUGUUCAGGCAGUUGAUUACGGGGACUUCAUCUAUUUCUUCUUUCGGGAAAUUGCCAUGGAGUACAACACAAUGGGAAAGGUGGUGUUUCCCCGUGUGGCGAGGGUUUGUAAGAACGACCGAGGCGGCUCGCCGCGUGUCCUAGAGAAGCAGUGGACCUCGUUCCUCAAGUCCCGACUCAACUGCUCCAUUCCCGGCGACUCCCACUUCUACUUCAACAUCCUGCAGGCUGUGACAGAUGUCAUUCACAUCAACGGGAGGGAUGUGGUCAUGGCAACCUUCUCCACACCUUACAACAGUAUUCCAGGUUCGGCAGUGUGUGCCUAUGACAUGGCGGACGUGGCCAACACAUUCACGGGGCGUUUCAAAGAGCAGAAAUCCCCAGACUCCACCUGGACGCCAUUUCCUGAAGAGAAGGUUCCCAAGCCAAGGCCGGGCAACUGCGCGGGCACUCCAUCCAUGGAGAGGUACAAGGUAUCCAAUGAGUUCCCCGAUGACACACUCAACUUCAUCAAGAUGCAUCCUCUGAUGGAUGAGGCCGUGCCCUCCAUUGCUAACAGGCCCUGGUUUCUCAAGACCAUGGUUCGAUAUCGCCUGACACGCAUCGUGGUGGACAGUGAGGCGGGGCCGCAUAAGAACCAAACAGUGGUGUUCCUGGGAUCAGAGAAAGGCAUCGUGCUCAAAUUCUUGGCCAAGAUGAACAACGGCUUCCUCAACGACAGCCUGUUCCUAGAGGAGCUUAAUGUCUACAACCCCGACAAGUGCAGUAUAGAUGGCGUGGACGAUAAGCGCAUCAUUGGUAUGCAGAUUGACAGCAAGAGCCACGCGCUGUGGGUCGCUUUCACCUCCUGUGUGGUCAAAGUUCCACUGUCUCGCUGUGAAAGGCAUGGACGGUGUAAAAAGUCAUGUAUAGCCUCCAGAGACCCAUACUGUGGUUGGGUGUCAGAAGGAGCCUGCAGACAGGUGGUUAGCAACACCAAAUCAGCCUUUGAGCAGGACGUGGAGCAUGGUAACACAGAUGGCCUGGGAGACUGCCAGAACACAUUUGUGGCGCUCAAUGACGUCCCUUCCAGUUACGAAGGCCACCAUCACCACCACCAUCACCACACCCUCUCACUACCCACCUCAGCCCUCCCAGAGGCCGCAGAGGGGCCCCUGGGGCGGGGCCGCAUGGUGGAGCGGAAGGAACCCCCCAUGAGUUCAGACAAAGGGGAGGACCCCUACGUGGCCGUGCCCUCUCAGACUCAGCCCGAAGCCAAUGGUGUGAUCCGUGAAAGCUACCAGAAGGGUCGCGACCAGCUUGUUCCUGUGACCCUGUUGGCUAUCGCUGUCAUCCUAGCGUUUGCCAUGGGUGCCAUCUUCUCUGGCAUUAUUGUCUACUGUGUCUGUGACCACCGGCGGAGAGACAUAGACCUGACAGGCCGCAAGGAAAAAGAUAACCACCACCUCCACUCCCGCCGAGGAUCCAUGAAUAGUGUGACCAAGCUGACGGGCCUGUUUGAGACGCAGGCCAAAGAUGGCCGCCCUGAGGCGAUCCUCACCCCUUUGAUGCACAAUGGGAGGCUGACACCAAACGGGAAGAUGCUGAUAAAAGCGGACCAGCACCACCUGGACCUCGCUGCUCUGCCAACCCCUGAAUCCACCCCCAUGCAGCCACGUCGUAAGCCCAGUCGGGGAAGCCGAGAGUGGGAGAGAAACCAGAACCUCAUCAAUGCUUGCACCAAGGACAUGCCCUCCAUGGGCUCCCCUGUGAUCUCUACGGACCUGCCGCUGAGGGCCUCACCGGGGCACAUCCCCAGCGUAGUGGUCCUGCCUCUGCCGCAGCAUCAGCACCAGCUUCAGCCUCAUCUGCAGCAGCAUCAGCAGUCCCACCAGCAUGAAUAUGUGGAGCAGCCCCACCACAGCGACAUGAGCAUGGGCCACGGUGUCAUGGACGACCAGGGGGCCACCCUGGAAUACAAGACAAUGAAGAGCCCAUGUCACAACCUCAACAUGGUGGAUCCAGAUGGGGUGCUGCCACCUCGCGUGCCCCAAAGAGAGGCCUCUCUCACCAUCCCUCCCGCCGUCCCACAGAUGGGCAAACGCCUGGAGGUCCACUCGUCGGUCUACGGGCUCCGGAAAGGAUCAGCGUCCGCUGCUUCCGGAUCCUCCGCCCUCAAGAAGCACAACACCAACUCAUCUAACUCCUCCCAUUUGGCGAGACAUCACAGCUUCAACCGCGUGGAGACUCCACCACCUGCACCUCAGAGGGUGGACUCCAUACAAAUGACAGCACAGGGCAUAUCUCUGUCACGGCAGCCUGGAAUGAGCUCCUAUGGUUCACUGCCUCGAACAGGCAUCAAACAUCUCAAGCCCGACGUCCCUCCCAAACCCUCCGUAGUCUCACUCUCAACAAAAGUCAAGUCCAGUGACUCCGGCACAUAGUCAGCUCGCCAGUCCAAUGUGAACAGACAGCAGUGCAGGGUGUUUUCCUAAAGAGAGAAAAAAAAACAGGGAAUACUGUACAACUUGCAUCUCCUUUUAGUGUUUUUUUCUUUGUUUGUUUUCGGUGUACAAUACAGUGGAAAAUGAAACACGAUUUUUUUUAAGAAAACACUUUCUUUUUAUAUAAAUAUGUAAAUAUCAUACAAUGGUUGUUGUCAGUUGUUGCCGUCAUCGAGCUCACGCUCUGGCUGGCUCCCAGUUCCUCUGUAAACCACGCGUGGGAACAUGUGCUACUGAAAAAGUAGGAGACGAACACUCGUCCUUAAUAUUUCAUCCAUCGACACCCUGUAGCAUUCAAGACUGUGGCCCUCUUGUUUGUGGUGUCGUCGGUCACUCGGACUUGACUGGAUACUUUAUCACGCCGGUAGAAGCACAUAAAAAGACAACGCGGGGGUGUGGAGAUUAAUUGUUGUACAGUACCUUGAGGACUGGAGAAUCUGAGCAAACAAGCACUCGGAGAGUUCGGACUGAAAGAACAGACGGCUGCCUGAGUUAUGUCGGAAACUGUGAAAAGCCUCUCAGUGUUACAGCAAUCAAGUCCCGCCUGGGUUUGACUCGAAGCCGGAGAAAUCUUCUACUGUACUGGUUACUGAAUAACACAUGACUGUUAAUACUAAUAGCUUGUUGUAUUUAUUUUUAUUAAGUGCUUUUGAAAACGAAACAGAUUGACUUUCUAGGCUCGGAGAGAGAGAGUUACAAAGAAGAGAUCUUUUAAUAUUAAUUAAUCAAGUGUGAGAAAAAAAAAAAUAUUUAAAGUCAUUAAACUGGAGCCAGUAGAACUUUCUUGUUGACUAAAGGUCCGCUAGGUCUUACUGUGUACUCGAUGGGACCUGCAGCUUGAGAUACACGUCGCCUCUGUGAUGAGGAGGAGAUAUUUAUUUAAACUGUGCCAGACCAGGACUUUUACCUUUACAGACCAGAAUACCUAUUGAUUUAGACCAAUCAUAACUAAAGACUCCUUGAAUCUCACCCUUUCACUCCUCCAGCGAGCAUCCCCUCCCCUCCCCUCCUCUCCCCCACCCUCCCUCAAUCAGCACUGUGGUUGCGUGUGAGUCAGAAACAUUUGUCCUGACUGGUUUGCUGGGGUACCGGUGCCGUCAAAGAUCACUGAUGCAUGUUGCAUAUGUAAGGGAAGCACCUCUAGCAACAGUGCAGGAAUCUGCGUUCACACAAAAGGAAGCUGUAGGUGAGGCUGCAGGAAAAAACAAAACAAAACAAAACAAAACAAAAAAAAAAAAACAGAGCGAUGCCUCCGUCUCUUCUAGUGGCAUCACACAGAUGAGCAGGCGAGAACAACAAAAAAAAGAAGAAGAAAAACUCUAAAAACAUCUGUAUUGCCUGCUUCUUUAUCCACAUGUAAAUUUGUGCCUUACACCCUAAAGUAGUGACAAUGUUUUCUUUAAUAGCUGUUAACUCUGUCUCCUUGUUGUAUUUUUUAUUUUUUAUUUUUCUUACGUCAUGGUAUUUCCCUGGUUUGAUUAAAAUGCAAUUAAAGAAUGUAGGUGUUAUUGUUGUAAUUCUGGUCCCUAGACAUAACACACUUAACGUCCGGGAGGGAGGAGAGGAAGGAGCAGCCCCUUUCUUCUUCCACUCUUUCCAUCUGGCACCUACACACAAACACACGCACGUAUACACACACGCACACACACACACACACAUCUUUGUGGUUCAUUUCUGAUUGUGCCAUUAAUGCGCUUAAAAGCAACCCUUUAUGUUGUGCUGGCAGUGUCGAUGAAGACGUUGUGAGUGUUUUUGAUUUUCUAUUUUAUACAAUUUAAAAGUCCUGGUAUUUGUUUCUACUUUUUUUUUUUUUUUUUUUUUUUUGCUGUCUGUUUGGUGUGAUGGUCAAUUGACUGAUUAACUGAACAAUUAACAUUUGUUACUUGAGAAGGCCAACGUAUGUGUAUCUUUCCGGUGCACUGCAAUAAUAAUGAUGAUGAUGAUGAUGCAGCGACGACACCGUAGCUAGCGCGAGAUACGCAUAAGAGCACCCAGUGUACCGACGAGGUCCGAGGCUUCUUAUGUGCAACGUAAAACAUUCAUUUGUUAGGCAGCGCAUAAACAGGCUGGUUCCUGUGAAGAAAGUUGACAUUUUAAAACAACAAUAUAAGAAAAGAAAAAAAAAUUGUACGUUACUUAACCCCCUUUUUGUAAGAGAAAACCCAGUUUGAGGAAGUUUAGAGAUAUGUUUUUAUGUCGGCUCACUAACUCUCAUUAUGAAGGCCUUAUGAGUGGCUGAGAGUUUGACUAAUCUGACCUUUUUUGUUUUUUUUACUUUUCCUUUUUACUUGAGGAUUUUUAUUUUGUCACCCCUCACCUAAACACUUAAAUCAGUGGAGCACUCCCUUAGUGUUGUAUGUGUAGAUAGGUAAAAAAAAGUUUUCUUGAUAUCAAGCAAUUUUCCGUUUCUCAAUGGAGGAAAGCCAACUACGUCUCAAUCCACAGCUAAAAUGAGAAGGACAUGUAGGAUCUGUGACCUGAGUAACACGUGUACAGAGACGCUUGCGGGGUUCGGGUUGCAAAUGACGCAGUCGUGAGCGACGGAUUAGUUAAAAGCGUCCCGGUCGAAACCUGAUCUGGGGUCAGUUCUUAGUCGGUUCUCCCAGUAAUUAAUUAAAGCUAUGAUCUCCAUGAUUGCGAGUAACCCACGAUUAGCAUUAGCAUGAAGGCCUCCACAUUUCCAGAACGGUGGACACAAAAGCGCCCUAUUUGCACCCAUUCAGAGCAUUCAUGCAUGAACUGGCACCUACUACAACUGAAGAUUUCUUGUUUUGAAAUCUUCAGUUGCGUUGGAUCCGAGUGUGAACAAGAAACCGGCCUAGGGCAAAAGGUUAAACGUUCGCAUCCUGCCCAGACGAGUUCAUUUAGCUGCGGGUGCAAUUAAGACUCGACAACAUCGCAAAGCGUUUUGACAUCAGAGUGAAGUUUUAAAACGAGACUGGAUUAGGUUUGACUGUGAAGGCUGCUGUGGACAGUGAGGUUCUUUGGUGUGUGCCUUUUUGUCUUUCACCCUUGUUAUAAUACACUGCUGUUAGAUGCAGAUCUCUCAACUCUCUUCUCAACUUCUCAAACUUUUGAACUUUGUAAGCUUGUAAGAUAUUGUGACGUCACAAAGUUUUUUGCCCUACUCUCUCUCCACUUCCUUAACAUCUGAUUCACAGCUUAAUGUAUGUUGUAAAGAAAAAAAAACUCUUUAAUUUAAUGCAAAAUGUAAUAAAAAAAAAAAAUGAAAAUAAAAUUCUU